AUGUUCGUGUACAAGCGAGACGGACGCAAGGAACGCGUGCAGUUCGAUAAGAUCACUGCUCGUGUUUCCAGACUUUGUUACGGUCUCGAUCCCGAGCAUGUCGAUGCUGCGGCUAUCACACAAAAGGUCAUCUCUGGAGUGUACCAGGGUGUCACCACCAUUGAGCUGGACAACCUGGCUGCCGAGACUGCUGCAUACAUGACCGUCACACACCCUGACUACGCCAUCUUGGCCGCUCGUAUCGCCGUUUCCAACCUCCACAAGCAGACGAAGAAGCAGUUCUCUAUGGUAAUCGACGACCUUUACCACUAUGUGAACCCGAAAAACAACAAGGCAGCGCCCAUGAUCUCAAAGGACAUUUAUGAAAUCGUGAUGAAGCACGCUGAGGAGCUCAACUCCGCCAUUGUCUUUGACCGCGAUUUCAACUACAACUUCUUCGGGUUCAAGACUCUGGAGCGUUCAUAUCUUCUCCGUAUCAACGGCAAUGUUGCUGAGCGGCCCCAGCAUUUGCUGAUGCGUGUUGCUGUCGGUAUUCACGGCGAGGACAUCGAGAAGGCUAUCGAGACAUACCAUUUGAUGUCUCAGAAGUAUUUCACCCACGCUUCUCCUACACUGUUCAACGCCUCUACUCCCCAGCCCCAGCUGGCUUCCUGCUUCUUGGUUGAUAUGAAGGAGGACAGCAUUGACGGUAUUUACGAUACUCUCAAGACCUGCGCCAUGAUCUCCAAGACUGCUGGUGGUAUUGGCCUGAACGUCCACCGUAUUCGUGCCACCGGAUCUUACAUUGGUGGCACCAACGGCUCUUCCAACGGUAUCGUGCCCAUGCUUCGUGUGUUCAAUAACACUGCCCGCUACGUCGAUCAGGGUGGUAACAAGCGUCCUGGUGCCUUUGCUAUCUAUCUCGAGCCUUGGCACGCGGAUGUCUUCGAGUUCCUCGAUCUCCGCAAGAACCACGGCAAGGAGGAGGUCCGCGCUCGUGAUUUGUUCUACGCUCUGUGGACGCCCGAUCUUUUCAUGAAUCGUGUCGAGGCCAACGGCGAAUGGACCCUUUUCUGCCCCAACGAAGCUCCUGGCUUGGCUGAUGUCUACGGUGACGAGUUCGAUGCCCUGUACGAGCGCUACGAAAAGGAGGGCCGUGGCCGCAAGACCAUCAAGGCUCAGAAGCUUUGGUACGCCAUCCUCGAGGCUCAGACCGAGACCGGUAAUCCCUUCAUGCUCUACAAGGAUGCCUGCAACAAGAAGAGCAACCAGAAGAAUUUGGGUACCAUCCGCAGCUCCAACCUGUGCACCGAGAUUAUCGAGUACAGUGCCCCCGACGAGGUCGCUGUCUGCAACUUGGCGUCUCUGGCCCUCCCUUCCUUCGUGGAUGCUGCUCGUGGCGAGUACGACUUUGGCAAGCUGCACGAGGUUGUUCAGGUUCUCGUUCGCAACUUGAAUAAGAUCAUUGACAUCAACUACUACCCCGUCCCCGAAGCCAAGAAGAGCAACUUCCGCCAUCGUCCCAUCGCCCUUGGUGUCAACGGUUUGGCCGAUGCCUUCCUGGCUUUGCGCCUGCCAUUUGACUCUCCUGAGGCGAAGCAGCUGAACAUUCAAAUCUUCGAGACCAUCUACCACGGUGCUUUGACUGCUUCUGCUGAGCUGGCUGCCAAGAACGGCCCCUAUGAGACCUACCCUGGCUCUCCCGUCUCUCAAGGUAUCCUGCAGUACGACAUGUGGGACCGUACCCCUACUGACCUCUGGGACUGGGCUGCUCUGAAGGCCCGUAUCGCCGAGGUUGGUGUUCGCAACAGUCUGUUGGUCGCUCCCAUGCCUACUGCCAGUACUUCGCAAAUCCUGGGCUUCAACGAGUGCUUUGAGCCCUACACCUCCAACAUCUACUCCCGCCGCGUACUGGCUGGAGAGUUCCAGGUCGUCAACCCAUGGCUGCUCAAGGAUCUUGUCGACCUUGGCCUGUGGUCUGACAACAUGAAGAACCGCAUCAUUGCCGACGGUGGUUCCGUUCAGAAUAUCCCCAACAUCCCCGCUGAUAUCAAGUCUCUGUACAAGACCGUGUGGGAAAUUUCUCAGCGUUCCAUCCUUCAGAUGGCUGCUGAUCGUGGUGCUUUCAUCGAUCAGUCCCAGUCGCUCAACAUCCACAUGAAGGAGCCCACUAUGGGCAAGAUCACUUCCAUGCACUUUGCCGGCUGGAAGAUGGGUCUCAAGACUGGCAUGUACUAUCUUCGCACCAUGGCGGCCUCUGCUCCUAUCCAGUUCACCGUCGAUCAGGAGCAGCUCAAGGUCGAGGAUACCAAUGUUGCUCGUUCCAACAAUGCCCUCAAGAAGCGCGGUGCUGCAGGUGGCACAUCCGCUUACUCUGCUGUGCCUCGCACCAUCUCCGACGUGUCUCCUCCUGUCAAGGCCGCCGUCAGUGUCGAGAGCUCUCGCACUGUGGUUGAGUCUGCUGUUCCUGUUGCUGCUCCUGCUGCUGCCGCUGCCACUGCUGGGUCCGAAGAGACCACGGAAGCGGAGGCUGAGACUGAGGGCAAGUCCGAGGAAGAUAUUUUCUCAGACAAGGUCCUUCAGUGCAGCAUUGAGAACAAGGAGGCUUGCAUCAUGUGCCAGGGCUGA